GAGCAGACGGAAAGCCGACAACGCCGGUCAUGUGCAGCCAGUCAGUCAGUUAGUUAAUGGCUCAAGACCGGUGUACAUCUACUCAGACCGACCGCGUUGUCCGAUACCUCGGCAAUUCUAGAUCUGGGCUAGAAUUAUUGUUAUCCACGGAUUACAGGUGUGAUUUGCGAUGAACUCAGCUGUGGUAUUGGUGAUAGUCAUGUUGCUGGCCAGCCACGUUAGCAGCUCACCGAUCAUAAACUUUUCGUGGGACACGCCGAGGCAUUUUUGUGGAUCGCAACUCGCCAACGUGCUGGCGUUGAUCUGCAGCAAUGGAUACAACUUCCAUCCGGCAAGUGAUGAUGUUACCGUCCCAAGCCGCCGUCGAAAAAGAGUGAUAGUCGAAGAGUGCUGCGAGAACACUUGCACGCCACAUCACCUGAAAGCCUACUGCUGGGAAAAUCGAAGGUCUGAUACUCGGAGUGUUUUGGAACCGUCCGCGUCUGUAGAGAAACCCUCGGUAGACAAAAACGUGAAACCCCAGAAAGACCCCACGAGUAACACACUAGUAGUAGACAACAGUCUGAUGCAGGCUGAGCAAGCGACUGUCAAAACGAAAUCCAAUAGUAUUAUUAUACCCAAUUCUAAAGAGCUCGGUAGGCAAAACGGCAUUAAGACCAUUAAAUACAACACGGUCUUGUACGCCCCAAAGAAAGAAGCGGUGAUCGUCCAGGACCCGGUGCCAGGACGAGUGAAAACUGUAACACCAUACUUUGACAAAAUGCCAUCGGUCAUCGUUACUAAAACCACGCAACACUGAAACUCGGGAAUAACACCGCGCCUUCUCUCGUCUUCCACUUUGACUUCCAUCGUCAAAACUCAUCGAAAUCUCUAACACUGUUUGGUUCUUUGAUCAUAUAUAUGUGUAUAUAUAUAUAUAAUAUGUAUAAUAUAUAUAUAUACUUACAUUAUACGUACACAAUAUGUCGUGUAUAACGUUUCAUCAUGUACAGUUUUAUUUUUUUCUUUGUAACAAUGCGCCGCGCUGCAAAACCGAAGAAUUAAAAACAAAAUAUUGACUAAA